AAGAGAGUGGUAACUGCGCACGCGCAGUGCGUUCGACCUCUUAGGACUGUAUGUCCACGUGGAAAUACGUACACACACGUGUUGCCGUAUGUGUACGUGGAAACAAAUGUUUUAGCAAUCGGGAAGUUGACCAAUAGAAAACAAGAAUAAGCGCGCGAAAAGUUGAGAAUGUUAAAUCAAUCACCAAGAUAAAUUUGAAAGGCUGUUAGCUGUGAAACCCUUUUAGUCUUAUUCGAAUGUUACGUCAAUUCAAAUGCUGACGUUUUCGCACGUAAUAAACGAAUCCAAAGCAACAAGAAGUUUGUUCUUUUUGGAAAGUUGUUGGCGCGGCUUGUGCGCGUUGCAAACAACAGUUGUACAACAAACAUCUCCGAGGUUAUUUUUAUACACUGUUAUCAGAGUUAGAUUGCGCAAGAUGUUUGGGUCGCUACUGUCAAAGUUUAAAUCUGCAAACAAUAAGAUCGAUCCAACAAUGAAGAUUUUUACGGAGCCGCGACGAGUCGCGAGCAAAAUGAAGCUUGCCAGCCAAGACGCGGCAUGUUUUCAUGAUCAAGACCGAGAGUUUUGGAAAGACGGAGAACAACAGGAUGUAUCCGAUAUCCAUUCUUUGACAGUAGUCCGAAACAAGAGUUCACUCAGCGAUGACAGCUCAAGCGAGUCUGAUGAUUUCUCACAGGAAGAAAUGGGAGCUGCCAUGCACGCAAUAGCCGACGAAAGCGUCAGUGCGCCACCUCCAAGCAAUAAGAACAGCAGGCCUCGUGCUGUAGGUCGUGAUCAGCGAAUAUUGAAUACUGCGUAUGAAAUUCACGCAUUCCACGCUUACGGCGCCUCUUCAAGUUCCAAUACUGUCCGCGCUGUUCAGCCACUCAGUUCAACUGACUCCACCCUCCAACGAAAGGUGCAGACCCCAGUCGCUUUCUACAUUCCUGUUGGAGACAAGAAUACGGUCUGCCCACCUGCUAGAGUUCCGCGGCGGUUUAGAAAACGAAAGGUCGCACCUGAACUCACUUUGGAUGAUAUAAAAGAGAAAAUGCGCGCUGCCGAAGAGAGAAAACUGAAGGAAUUACAACGCAUCCGAGAGUGCGCGCGCAGCAGGGCCGGAGUCAGCCGACCACACCCAACUGAGACGUCCGCCCAAGCUACUGCGGCGAAAAUUACAGCUAAGCCGGCAGCAGCCGAGAGCAAGCGGACCGAAGAAAUGGAGAUUAGGAAGCAAGCGGGGAACAGAGCGUCACGGAAUAGAAGUAGGAUUGCCGCAGGUCAAGCCUUUGCUAAGACGCAGCUUCAGUCAUCUAUGAAGCUAAAGGUGGACGAGACCGUGCAAAGGAAGGAGAAACGGCAGCAGAAGAUUGAAAGGCUGAAUAAUCUGCGAAAAAAAUACGCCAAAAUACACCUCCGCAUGCCUUACUCCUCCUCUCUAUUUCCCUACCCCUUCCCCCUGUACACACCUCUGGAUUUGUCACUGCAUUUGCGUUCUCUUUAAAACGCCCUUCUAUGGACUCGUUAACUGAAAUGACGUUUGAAACAAUUUUUAUUUGCAUUAUUUUCAAGGAUAUUUUGUAAUCAAAUAAUUUUUUUUAAACAAAAAUGCCUUCUCUGGUUUCAUUAAUUUAAACG